GUGGGCGGGACGAGUUCCUUGCCCCCGCCCCGCGCUCAGACCCGGAAGCGGCAGCGGCCCCGGAACAGCAGGAGGCAGAGAUGGCCCCGUCCGGGCUGAAGGCGGUGGUGGGCGAGAAGAUCCUCAGCGGCGUCAUUCGCAGCGUGAAGAAGGAAGGAGAAUGGAAGGUGCUGAUCAUGGACCACCCGAGCAUGCGCAUCCUCUCGUCGUGCUGCAAGAUGUCCGACAUCCUGGCCGAAGGCAUCACGAUUGUGGAAGAUAUUAACAAGCGCCGGGAGCCAAUCCCCAGCCUGGAGGCCAUCUACCUGCUCAGCCCUGUGGAGAGGUCGGUGCAGGCUCUGAUCAAUGACUUCCGGGGCACACCCACCUUCAACUACAAGGCAGCUCACGUCUUCUUCAUCGACACCUGUCCUGAGCCUCUGUUCAACGAGCUGAGCAAGUCACGGAUCACCAAGGCCAUCAAAACCCUCAAGGAGAUCAAUGUGGCCUUCCUGCCCUACGAGAGCCAGGUGUACUCCCUGGACAGGCCACAGACCUUCCACAACUGCUUCAGCUCCCACCGCUCCUUGGACAAGAACAAGCAGCUGGAGAUGCUGGCAGAGCAGAUUGCCACAUUGUGUGAAACCCUGAAGGAGUACCCAGCCAUCCGCUACAGGAAAGACCAUGAAGAUAACUUCCUCCUGGCGCACGCUGUGCUGGCCAAACUCAACGCGUUCAAAGCAGACAACCCCAGCAUGGGAGAGGGCCCUGACAAAGCCCGCUCUCAGCUGCUGAUCGUGGACCGGAACUUCGACCUGGUGUCCCCACUGCUGCAUGAGCUCACCUUCCAGGCCAUGGCCUACGACCUGCUCAGCAUCGAGAACGACACCUACAAGUACGAGACGACGGGCAUCAGCGACUCGCGGGAGAAAGAGGCGCUGCUGGACGAAGACGACGAACUCUGGGUGCAGCUACGCCACAUGCACAUCGCUGACGUCUCCAAGAAGGUGACGGAGCUGCUGCGCACCUUCUGUGAGAGCAAGAGGCUGACCACGGACAAGGCCAACAUCAAGGACCUGUCCCAGAUCCUGAAGAAGAUGCCCCAGUACCAGAAAGAGCUGAACAAGUACUCCACGCACCUGAACCUGGCCGAGCACUGCAUGCGGCACUUCAAAGGGACGGUGGAGAAGCUGUGCAGCGUGGAGCAGGACCUUGCCAUGGGGACGGAUGUGGAUGGGGAGAAGAUCAAGGACCCCAUGAAGAUCAUCGUGCCCGUCCUGCUGGACCCCAGCGUGCAGGCCUACGACAAGAUCCGCAUCAUCCUGCUCUACAUCUUCCUGAAGAAUGGUGUGGGUGAGGAGAACCUCACCAAGCUGAUCCAGCAUGCCAACAUCCAGCAGCAGAGCAACAUCAUCCACAACAUGCAGUUGCUGGGCACCUCCCUCACACCUGGGAGUGGGCAGCUGCGACCCGAGAGGAAGGUGCGGCUGGAGUCCACCUACCAGCUCUCCCGCUGGACCCCCAGGCUCAAGGACGUCAUGGAGGAUACCAUUGAGGACAAAUUGGACAAGAAGCUGUGGCCCUUCGUGUCAGACCCGGUCCCUGCCGCCAGCCCCCAGGCUGUUGUCAGCGCCCGCUUCGGGCAUUGGCACAAGAACAAGCCAGCGGCCGAGUACCGGACGGGCCCGCGCCUCAUCAUCUACGUGCUGGGUGGGGUGUCCAUGUCUGAGAUGCGCUGUGCCUACGAAGUGACCCAGGCUACGGAGGGCAAGUGGGAGGUGGUGAUCGGUUCCAGUCACAUCCUGACCCCCAAGCGCUUCCUGGAUGACGUCCAAGCCCUCGACCAGGCAGCCCCUGCAGAGGCCUAGAAUCAGCCUCCACCCCCCAGAGACUCUGCUCCCCACAGCUCGCUGCCCCCAACUCCACCUGCUUUUCUCAACAAGGCACCUUCCCUCCCUACGUCUGGCAGCGGUGUUGGUUCUUGAGGAAGUGGGGGGGGAAGGGACCCCCAGGCUGCUUGGCUGUUGGGGCAGUGGGCAGGCUCGACUCCCUCCCUCUGGCACAGGGUCCUAGGGCUGCCACCCUCUGUGCCCUGUGGCCACCCUGCACCCGGUGGGGGAGAGUCAGGCUCUGUUAUCUACCAGCCUCAGCCAUUCCUACCUACCCUGCCUGGGACCCAAAGGACAGCCACUCCCCCAGCUGCCAGUGGUGGGGGGGCAUGCAGAGGCUGCUACCAGCAUCUGGCUUGGGGGGGGGGUGAUCCAGCUGCUGAGCCCUAGGCUGUGUCUGUCCAGUCUGCAAAGGGUUAAAGAGAACCCCCGCCUUCUGCCCCCAUAUCAUCCCCCUUCACCCAGCCCUGGCUCCCUGCACCCUGGCCUCUCGGCCCUGUCCCCUUAGUGGGGACCUUGGUUCCAGAAGGGGGGAGGGGCCCUAGUAGGAGUUGCAGCCAGCUGGGCCCGUUACCUGGACAGGGCCACCCGUGGACACCUGAGAGUACCUCAGUAACUGAGGGUGAUGCCAGGACUGCAGAGAAGGCACGUCCAGGGUGUUGGGCAGCAGUGGGGCAGAGCUGGGCUGCACCUACGGCUCUACAAGACGCAGGCUGGGCUCACUGCCCCGCCAAGCCUGGAUAAAUGCCCCUGCCCAGUGCCUUUCCCUGGGUAUCAGAGCCACCCCCUGGGCACCUGGAGUCCCAGCUCCAUCUGGGGCACCCAGCUCCAGCCCCCUUGGGUCUGAUCAAGGCCUGAGCCAAGCCUCGCCCCCUGCAUCCCCCAGCCCCUAGAGGUCCCCUCCCUCUCGCCCGCCAGCCGGGCUGUGCUGAGGCAAGCGUUGGCAGGAGUGACCCCAGGUAAAAGCGAUGACCUCAUUUAUUGGGAGUGACCUCCCAGAGCUAUUAAAGAGGUGUGUAUUUUCCGUGCUGGCCCUGCCCCCAGGCUACUGCCCUGCUGGGCAUGUGUCUGGGCCAAUAAAGUGUGAUGCCAAA